GUGAUUACUUGCGACAGACUUUUUGAUCGGCAAGGGAGUCACCAGUCGUCCAUGGAGGAGGACGGGGGCGACAGCUCCGGAGCGCUCCUAACCGAGGACGAGCCGGAAGAAUCGGACUCGCAGUCGGAGUCGGAGGAGGAGCGGCUCCGCGACCUGCAGGAGUUCAGGGUCUCGCGGCUCGGGGAGCUCCGGGGCUCGGCUCCGGCGGGAGGCUCGCCGUUGAAGACGCCGAGCCGUUGCGCGGGUUCGCAUGCGGAUUCUGCGUCGAGAGAGGAGCCAGAGGUACGAGCUAAACAGCCGUAUGGGGAACAUGGAUCUGACAUCGCGGGCGAGGUAGCAGAAACUUACUCCAGGAACCAGCGUACUGUUUGUCCGUAUAUUUCAUCAGAACCGUCGACAGUUUCUGUUUCUCAGUCCAUUUCACCAGUUGCCAGUUCGACUCCUCUAGACCAUAAACUGCCACCAACUACAAAGGUUACAGAUUCAUGUACCGUACAUGCUAUGGUACGGAAUUCUUCUGAUUGUGGAACUACAUCUGCUGUGAAGGCAUCUAGAGGAGAUGGGUACAGUUGGAGGAAAUAUGGUCAGAAGCAAGUUAAAAGUCCUAGAGGUUCUCGUAGCUACUUUAGGUGCACUAAUUCAGAAUGUUCUGCCAAAAAGAUCGAGUGCUCUGAUUUGUCCAGCCACACAAUAGAGACUGUUUAUAGAAGUUCACAUAAUCAUGAUCCACCUCAGAAAGUCAGAGAUGGGCGACGGAGGAAUCUGGUCAAGUCUGCCGGAAUCGUUGCGGAGAGUGAGGUUGUCGAACAUCCGGUAAGAAUGCUCACUGAGUCAGAUCCAUAUGUAGCUUCAAGAGAACGAAAAAAUGAAUUACCCUCUUCAGUUCCUGAAAGAGAAAUAGAAAAGGCAAAUGGCUUUGAUGCAAAAGAUGGAAUUGUGGCCAAACAGGAGAAUGACAAUAAUCCAGGGCCGAAGCCGAGGGGGAAGAAAAAUGGGUUGUUCCGCUCGAGUUCUCCCUUAAAACCAGGGAAGAAACCAAAAUAUGUUGUGCAUGCUGCGGGUGACGUUGGGAUAUCUGCUGAUGGAUACAGAUGGCGCAAGUAUGGACAAAAAAUGGUUAAGGGAAACCCUUAUCCAAGGAACUACUAUAGAUGCACCUCUGCUGGAUGCCCUGUACGUAAACAAGUUGAAACAGCAAUAGACAAUGCUAGUGCUGUCACAAUAACUUACAAGGGGAUUCAUGACCAUGACAAGCCAGUGCCCAAGAAAAGGCAAGGCCCACCACGCGCCCGUUCGAUCAUAGCUGCUACUCCAGAUUCGUUGCACAGUACACCAAUCAAGAAGUCAGAUGGAUUGCGAAAUCAUGCUUCACCGAUGCAGUGGUCCGUGGAUUCAGAAGGGGAGUUAUCAAGCCAGGCCCUAGACUUGGGAGGUGAGAAGGCCAUAGAAUCAGCUAGAACUCUUCUGAGCAUUGGUUUUGAAAUCAAGCCCAGAUGAACGAAGACUGGGGGGAAAGAGAUAAAGCUUGUGCUCUUGUUAAAAAUGACCACAGACAGAUUUUCGGCUUUUUACUUCCACCGGUUUUGCUCUGUAGUUUUGCUUCGGUUAUUCUGCCAAUCUUCCUGUUUGCAUAUUGUUACACAUCCGGUCUUUAUAAAAAUGAGUGAGUGGUGUGUCUCCA